CACUAAUUCAUUUACACUUGGGUUAGACCCUUCUUACAUGUUCCCCACCCUUUCAAUUCAGGCAUAAAGCAUAACCGAAUCGUUCACAGAUAGAGAAAGAGAGAAAGAUUAGAAGAAACAAAUAUGGUAGAUCAAAAUAAAGCAUUUGGUUGGGCGGCCAACGACGAAUCGGGCGUCCUCUCUCCAUUUCAUUUCUCUAGAAGAGAAAAUGGUGAGAACGAUGUAACAGUGAAGAUCUUGUUCUGUGGUGUUUGUCACUCUGAUCUUCAUACCAUCAAGAACCAUUGGGGAUUCUCUCGUUACCCCAUUAUUCCCGGGCAUGAAAUCGUUGGAAUAGCAACAAAAGUUGGGAAGAAUGUGACAAAGUUUAAAGAAGGAGACCGAGUAGGAGUAGGCGUAAUAAUCGGUUCAUGCCAAUCAUGUGAAUCAUGUAACCAAGACUUAGAAAACUAUUGUCCUAAAGUCGUUUUCACAUACAACUCUCGUUCCUCUGACGGAACCAGCAGAAACCAAGGUGGUUAUUCCGACGUAAUUGUUGUCGAUCACCGCUUUGUCCUAAGCAUUCCCGAUGGUUUACCAAGCGAUUCAGGCGCGCCGCUGCUCUGUGCUGGAAUCACUGUGUACAGUCCCAUGAAGUAUUAUGGCAUGACUAAAGAAUCAGGGAAACGUUUAGGUGUGAAUGGACUUGGUGGACUUGGUCAUAUCGCUGUUAAGAUUGGUAAAGCCUUUGGUUUAAGAGUUACUGUGAUUAGUAGGUCAUCAGAAAAAGAGAGAGAAGCAAUUGAUCGGCUUGGUGCUGAUUCGUUUCUUGUUACAACGGAUUCUCAAAAGAUGAAGGAAGCGGUUGGAACUAUGGAUUUCAUUAUCGAUACGGUAUCAGCAGAACAUGCUCUAUUACCGUUGUUUAGUUUGCUUAAAGUGAAUGGAAAGCUUGUGGCUUUAGGCUUACCGGAGAAGCCACUCGACCUGCCAAUUUUCUCUCUAGUUCUCGGAAGGAAAAUGGUGGGAGGAAGUCAGAUUGGAGGGAUGAAGGAGACACAAGAGAUGCUUGAGUUCUGUGCCAAGCAUAAAAUCGUUUCGGAUAUUGAGCUCAUAAAGAUGAGUGAUAUCAACUCUGCGAUGGACCGUUUGGCUAAAUCUGAUGUCAGGUACCGGUUCGUGAUCGAUGUGGCCAACUCUUUACUCCCUGAGUCGUCAGCUGAGAUUUUAACGGAGCAGGUGGACCAUGGAGUCUCGAUCACGUCUAGAUUCUGAGAUUUUCUUGAGCAUGGUUACAAAAUCAUGAAUCCGUUUUCUUGUUGGACUUGUUACUUGUCUUUUCUUUCUAUAUGUUCUGUUCCCUGUUUUUUUCUGUUAAUUGUUUAGAAGCAAUGAAACUAUGACUUUUCUAGGGUUUUGCAAAAACAUGAAUCUACUAGCUUGUUUUACAAGUUACUUGAAUAGAAACUUUCUCUGUUCUUACUAUGCUCUGUUUCUUGGCAACACUGUUUUUGUUCUUUGUCCAGGUAUAAAUUAUAAAUGCGGUUUUAGUCACACGGAAAAAUCCAAAGGGAGAUGCCAUUAUAUCAUUUAAAAACCAUAUAUUAUAACAAAAUCAUUACUGGAGUUUGCAUACAUCAAAGUUUCACAGAGGAAGGCGCCGGAGAAGAACCACCGGAAUUUGGAGAUUGACAGAAACCACGAAGAACGUUGGUUUCAUCAGAGGUAAAGCCUAGAGACGUGAGCAUCGCAGGCCAACAAUCGGUGGUGAUGACCUCGACGGCUUGACAGCAAUCGACGCCGAGUUUGGUUUCACCGUUGAGGAAGAAG